AAUAGUAUUUCCCCCCCACACUAUUAACCGCUAUGCGCUCCCAUCCCGAGUACAGUUCGCGGUGAUUUCAGGAAACAACACAGCCAUGGCCCAGUCGAACAAAGACGAAACCGACGAUUUGUUCGCCGGCUUCCGCACGGCUUUUAAAUCUUUCGCCACAGAUGCCAUACACAUCGGCCAGGAGCCGGAGCAGUGGACAUCAAUGGCUGUAGUGCCGCCGAUUUCGCUGUCAACCACCUUCAAACAGCUCUCCCCGGGAAACCACGCUGGCUUUGAGUACAGUCGGAGUGGAAACCCUACCAGAAACUGUCUGGAGAAGGCUGUGGCAGCGCUGGAUGGAGCAAAAUACUGCCUUGCCUUUGCUUCAGGAAUUGCAGCCACAUUGACCAUCACCCAUAUGCUGAAGAAGGGAGACGGAAUCGUCUGCAUGGAUGAUGUAUACGGAGGCACCAACCGAUACUUCCAAAGAGUUGCAUCUGGAUUUGGGCUGGAGACUACCUUUGCUGAUUGUACGAAACCUGAGCUGCUGAAGGCUGCCCUGAAACCCAACACCAAACUGGUGUGGCUGGAGACUCCAACCAACCCCAUGAUGAAGGUGGUGGACAUCAGAGCCUGCUCCCAGUUGGUGCACGAGCACAACAAAGACAUUGUAGUGGUUGUUGACAACACCUUCAUGUCGGCUUAUUUCCAGCGCCCUUUGGCUUUGGGAGCUGAUAUCUGUAUGUACUCAGCCACCAAAUACAUGAACGGUCACAGUGAUGUGGUGAUGGGUCUGGUGUCUGUCAACCGGGAGGAUCUGAAUGAACGACUGAGGUUUUUGCAAAACGCUAUCGGCGGUGUACCGUCUCCCUUCGACUGUUACCUCUGUAACCGUGGCUUGAAGACCCUACACCUGCGCAUGGAGCAGCACUUUAAAAAUGGCAUGGCGGCAGCUAGGUUUCUGGAGGCUGAUCCCAGGGUGGAGAAGGUCAUUUUCCCAGGCCUCCCAUCCCACCCGCAGUAUGAGGUGAUGAAGAAACAAUGCACAGGGUGUCCAGGGAUGAUUACCUUCUACAUUAAGGGAAAACUCGAGCACGCCACCACCUUCCUCAGCAACCUUAAAAUGUUUGCAGUUGCAGAAAGCCUUGGUGGUUAUGAAAGUUUAGCUGAACACCCAGCAAUCAUGACCCAUGCAUCGGUGCCUGAGAAGGAGAGGGCUACUCUGGGGAUCAGUGACACACUGAUCCGACUCUCAGUGGGACUGGAGGACGCAGCUGACAUCAUUGAAGACCUUGACCAGGCUCUGAACGCUGCCCAUCCGAAGAAGAAUUGAAACCUCCACUUCCUGUCCUCUGGGCUGGGGUCGUAGUAGAGACGAUUCUAGGAGUUCCUGAAGUCUAAACAGCUUUCAUGAUCAACACUUGGUAUCUUGGUUCCACCUUUCUGGGAACAAAAUGUUUUGAGCACAGUACAAACUAUGUCAUCAGUGAAUAAUUAUUACAUGAUUGUUUGAUGCCUUUGCUAUAAAAACACUUAUAACCUUAUUUAUCUGAUACCAUUUUCUUUGUUUACAUAUUUGUCUUUUUUUUUCUUUAAAAGCUUUAUAAGGGAAAAAUCCCAUUUAGACCAAAUCAAAUGGUUUCAGUUUCUUAACUACAAAACGUGCUUUUGCAAGUGAAAUCUGUAUCAAAGUGUUUUGCUAAAGGUAAAGAGCAAGGAAGAAGAAAUGCAGCAAAGAUCUCCAAUAUAAAUUUGUAUCAUGGAACAAGGUUCCGCUCAUGGGUUGCACUCUAUCCCACCCUGCCCCACGCAGCAUUGCUAUUAAAAUUGGUUUUAUAGUGCA